AUGGCAGUUGCGUUACCCUUAAUCACAUCAACGUCAUCGUCAUCUGUCAACAGAAUUCUUUCCAGCAAAUAUCGACCAACAACAGCCCCUAAGACUAAUAUUACCGAGCGUACAUUUUCAAAACAAAGUACAAUCUCCCUUGGUAAUCGUACAAUAAAUGCAAAAUUUGUUGUGGAUUGGGCAAAUCCUUCAUCAGUAUUGGUCAAUGAGACAAAGCAGAGUCAAACAUUACAAGAUGCGUUCAAAAAAUUUCGUGAUAAUAAAAUGAAUGAAAUGAGAUUAGAACAACAUAUGAAAAUACAUCAGCAACGAAAAAUCAAAAUCCGUCGUAGUGAUCCCGAACGAAUGAAACGUUUAAGAUUUAAAUUUAUUGAACAAGCAAAGAAAUAUAUUGGCGUUCCAUAUGCGAGAAAAUAUUUCGAGUUUGGUACACCGGAAUAUGAAUCAACAUUGUUUCUUGAUUGUUGUGGUCUUGUACGACGAGUGAUGUACGAUUUAGCCAAAGAUUUUGGUUUUGUUAUUGGUCCAUGGAAUCAAGCUUACAUGUAUGAUACAUUACCAAAGACUAUAUUUCAUUUGAAUGAUAUUCAACCCGGUGAUCUUGUGUUUAUAUCAGCGAUUUAUUACAAUACAAAGAUGAAAAAACAACGUCAUAAUUUAACACAUGUUGAAAUAUUUCUUGGUGAGGGUGAAAAAACAAUUGGAGCAAGAUGGAACAAUGGAAAAGUACAAAUAUUUGAUAGUUAUAAAUUUGAAGCAAAAAGUUAUCAUUCACCAACAUAUAUAAUUAAAUCAAUUGAUCCAUGGUUGAAAGGAAUUUGUGAAAGCUGUUGUUCAGAGCAUUCUUGGCGACGUCGCCGACCUCUUAAUCCAAAUAAAAAAUCUGUCUUUUACUCUUCAAAACAAACAGACCAUAAUGGUGCUACUAAACGACGAAAAAAACAUCGAAGAUCAAAAAGUAGAAAUACAACAACUGUUUCGGCAUCUUCAUCAUCAUCUGUUGGCUCAAAAACUUCUACUGCAAAACGACGACGACGACGACAAAGACGAAAAACGAGAUCAAGGAAUCGAAAAUCAGCAACAACAGUAACUAAUAGUAUUCCUGAACAUGUCAAUGAGCAACGACCACUGUCAAAUAAUGAUGAUAGUGAAUCGAUGAGCGGUGAUUCAGAUAAUGAUACUACAUUUAAAAAUGAUUUGUCAAAAGUCAAUUGUUUAGCACAACAGCAGUGUGACGACGAAGAUUCUAUGAAUGAAGCAUUGAAUGCUGAAACGAUCGAUGAAGAAUAUUUAUGUAAAAAUAUUUCAAAUAUUCAAAUUCAUAAUAGUUGA